AUGACCGACGCGCAGAGGUGCUCCAAGCCGACCACCGGCCGCCGGAAGCAGAAGAGGUCCGGCAAACGACCCGCAGACUUCUUCAGGACUCAGUAUUAUUUCACCAAGGGCCACGAGCACUUGGGAGAAGCGAUCAACUUGAACAAGGAGCAGACGCCCUUCGCUUACCCGCCAUGUUCCCUUAUGUUCUCUUAUUUUCAAUAUUGGAAAGCCGUAAAGCGCUCCGCGAACUUGGAGCGGAGGAAAGGAGUCACCGUGGACGCCGAGAAGAACAAAGAAUUCCUGCGCACCCUUCGUGUUGACGUCGACCUGGAAGCGUUGGAGGCGAAGAAGCACAAGGACCUGGACGAGGCGAUGGCCAUCACCGACGUGGACCCAGGUUUCUUCAAGCUGUUCACCAACCGAGUGGUGAAGGAGAAGUUCUCCGUGAACGAGUACGUGGACGAUCUUCGCUCGAUCUUCAAGGCUCGGCUACUGGCUGGACAGGAGACGGACGACUGUAUCCGCAUCGAUCAGCAAUUCGUGGAGGAACAGAGGAGACUGGACAAUAUAAGGCGUCGCUACAGCAAAUACGUGAGCGUCUUCGAGGACUUCCUGGCCAAGGAUCAUGAAAUCAGCAUGGCUGUCCUGAUGCGAGCCGAGGAGGAAGCGAAAGAGUCGCGGACGUUGACCGGAAUCAGAAACGAUCUUUUCAGGCAAUACGGCCAAGUCAGAUUGGACGUCUACAUGUGGGAGGAGAACUGGAGAAUGGUGAAGAUGUGCCAGAGGUUCGUGUUCCAGGUCUCGCCGAUAACCUGGCGGACCGAGCACGAUUGGAUCCAUCGAACCGAGUCCGGAGAGUGCGUCGUCACCGACAACGAUUUAUUCGGCCGCUACAGAAUGGUCGACGAGGUGCCUUCCCUGGACUGUUUGAUAGAAAUGUUCGAGGAAGACAUCGCGGCGGAAGGUCCGACGGAGAUGUACUUCGAGGAUCCGUUCGAUCUGAUCCGAGUGUUUAGAGCGAUCGAGACACAGAAUCUGAACGCUCUGAUCCACGUGGAGUCCAUGGCGGUGCCGAUGAGCGAGAUGAUGAGCCAGAUCGAGACCGCCGAGGUGCAGAUCAAGGCGAAGGUCGAGGAACUCGAGAGCGCAAUCGCCGAGCUCGAGGCCAGCAUCUUCCAAUUAGAGACAAGGGCCGCGGAUUUGAAAAUGCUCGCGAACACGCUGCUCGAGGGAGCUUUUCGGAACGCCGUGUGCUCCGAAGAGGUGCUCCGGUUUCAAGUGUUCAUCGAGGACGCCUACGAGAGCUGCAUCGGGCCGAACGACGCCAAUCUGGACAGUUUCUCCAUGAUGAAGUGGAUCGAGAAGACCCACGAGGACCUUAAUCUGGAACUGGACACGUUGCCGCCGGAAAUCGUUCAGAUCUGCGAGAAGGAAGGGUUCAAGCAGGAGCUGAGAGCCAUGAGGGAGACCGAGGAGGCUGCCAGGAAGUUCGAGCUUAUGCAUCGAUUACUGGACGCCCUGAAGCGUGUCAUGGAGCCACCGGCGAUAAAGAGUCGGCCCAUGGUGUGGCGUUCCGAGCCAACGACUCAAAGGGCCAAGCCAACGCCGCCGCCCCCGGUGCCGACCGACGAGGAGUGGCAAUAUUUGACCUUCUUCACCAACUAUUGCCACCAGGAGGACUUCACGGAGUAUCGGGCACGAUUCCCGGACGAUUUCGAUCUCACCUUCCAGCCGAAGCAACCGGAAGUCCCUUCGGAAGUCGCGGAGGCCGAGCGCGAGGUCGAGAAUGAGCAAGAGAAUGAGCAAGAGGACAAGUGAUCUCAAUUGCAGCCAGCUAGUAGGGCAGUGUUAGCGCGACAGACCGUCAGGUAAUAUCUCCAGAAAUAGUUUAUGCAAAUUAGAAAU